AUGGAAGAAGUGCCUGCAAGUCCGGAAGUGGUAAAGCGGAAAAAGCGCCGUAAACAGGCUUCCUUCAAACGUUUAUCUCUUCAUGAAGCGCAAAACAACGCACCGAGCACUCCUGAGGCUUCAUGUGACCCAAGCCCCGACGAAAACGAGGAAUCGAAUCCAGCACCGGAAUCAAGUUUGGAUUUUCCCCUCGUUGGCGGUGUGCGAAAUGCAAACCUCUUAGCCUUCUACUUUGAUGACGACACCGGCGACCAGUUCGAAACGGUCACGGGGGAUCCACUGGCCGGGGCCCUUUUGCUGGAAAAAGCAAAUGCCAUUCGUGUUAGUAAAGUGCCUUCGCAAGAUAUGGAUGCUUGCACGUUCGGAGAGUUUCUGUCCGUUGCAGAGCUGGCGCGGCGGGAUAAUGGCCCCGCACCGCAAACGGUGGACGCUGAUACAGUGGAGGUUAAAAAAGAUAAUUACAGUUUCACGCAGUUAGAGAGCUACACACAAAUGGUGGGAAUUUUGAACGCGUUGGAGAACGAUAAUCAGGAGCCAGAUCUGCACGAUUUCUCCCCGGACACACACGAUACGGGAGAGAUUGACUUUUCGGUGAUAAAUUCAAAAUUCGUGCUCCAAACGGUGCUUCAGUUGCAGGACCACAUCACCAGUCCUCCAAGGCCCGUACGACGUCAACCUACGGAUCGAGUUUAUGAGAAUGUUAAGCGCAAACUAAAAGCACGCCGGUUAAGCUAUAGAUCGGACGAAUCCUCUGGAACCGGUCCCCAAUCGGUGUUGGAUGAUGAAUCCUUAGGUGGUUCCGAAAUAUCCGGUGUAACGAAUCACUUUGAGUGCGAUGGCGAAAGGUCACUGGAUGGUGCCGAUGCCCUCCAGCACACCAGUGUCCACAUUCAGGAAAAUCUCACCCAAUUAUCUACCUUCUUUUCGAAAGUCGUCGAUGAUGGUGUUAGCGCUCCACACGAAGAAGCAGAAGCGAAUAAGAAAGAAAAGCAGUCGUCCAAGUCCAUCGAACAUGAUCCUACGUUCUGCGGGUUUACACCUGAUUUGUCCUCACAGAUUACACUUACAACCGUUGGACCAGCUUCACCAAUGUCAUUUCGUUACCACUCGUUUGAUAGUUUUAGCAACGACGAAGUAACAGCACCAUUCGAUGACGACCAAGAACUCGAUGACCUAGCUGUUCCGAUUCCAGUGACACAGUUGGAGGAGGAUUACGAUUUGCUAAUGUUUGAUCAACCUUCUGAUGCGCGAAGGAAUGGAGUUCCACUUUUGUUGGAAUCUCCCGAAAAAGUAGAUCCUGAGGAAGUAACACUGCAAAAUCGGACGCUUCCGGAACCUCCCGUGCACGUUGGGUUCAUUACCGCUGGUGGAAGUUCGAUUACCAUCUCGAAUGCGGCUCUCCAGAAGGCGAAAGCGCUUUUUGCUGAGGAGGAGGCCAAACAUGAAGAGGACAUAAAAGUGGCUGUUGAAGUGGACAUAAAACCCAAAAUCGAGGAUCUACAGGCAUCGGAGAAAGCCGUGGAAGGGGCCACCGAACGAACGCCAACUACAAACUCAAUGCCACAUUUCGCUGGCUUCAGCACCGCUGCUGGUAAUGCAAUAACCAUUUCGGCUAAAGCUCUCGAAAGAGCAAAAUGUUUCUUCGCCGAUGAAGAAGGACAGAUGGACAAUCCAAAUAUGUUCCUUAAAACAGAACCCAGUGAUACCGGCGGGGGAUUCAGUACAGCCGCUGGUAGUACAAUGUCGAUGCCGACCAACGCCCUUCACCGGGGGAAGCGAAUAUUCGGUGAAGAAGAAGCGAAGGCCAGUGGUACGAUACACGAAACUCGUUUUGGCGGAGGUUUCAGUACUGCCAGCGGUAGUAAGAUAUUAGUUUCGGAGAAGGCACUCGAAAGAGCCCGGGCAAUCUUUAGUGAAGUAGAAAAUGAGUGUGAAACUGUUCAAGGCGCACCGACGUUCAAGCAUCAUGGUGCUUUCCCAACGUUUAAGCGUGCAAGCGGCACAACCAUCACCGUGUCGGGCCGCUCCCUGGAGAGAGCGAAACAAAUGUGGAGCGAUUUCGACAGAGAAAAUGAGCCACCCGACACACCGAAGGCGAAUUUCCGUGUAAAGGAGCUUCAUCAACUUGCAUCGGAUGUAAAAAGUGGCCAACUCAAACCUCUGGCGGAGCGUGUUGAACUGCGAUGUUCGCCUCGUCGAGCCGUCGACCGCAAACGUAAACAUUCGCCGGAUCCUGAAACACCGACGAAAACGUCGAAACCCAAUCCGAUCGUGAUGGGACAACACACGAGCACUCCUGCGGCCACGCUAACUUCCACAGCGGCUGCUGUGCACGAUGUUGAUCAGUUCUUUGCCGCGCUCGAUGAUAGCGACUUUCACGAGCUGUUCGGUAACGCAGAAACGCUUCCCAAGACGCAAACCAUACCGACGGUUGAAGGCGGUAACGCUAAAAGCAACAAUAAGUCUGUUGGUGGUGGCGAUUGGGACGAUAGUUUUCCCGAGAUGCUGCUACCGAAACUGUUGGCAGAGGAACCGGAGUGUGGUCUGCCAGAAACCGUCCGCAGUGAGCGUCUAGUGGCACUUCAGAAGCAGCGCGAGUUUGUGGAAAACAAACCGGACACGUUGUGCCGUCCGGUGGUGUCGCUGUUCUGUGCCAAAAAGCUACAGAAGAAUCGUAUUCCGUUGGAACAAUUUGUAGGGCACGGCACCCGGCCGAAAGGACCUUCGGUUGUGACUCCCGCGAUGGAUGUUACGGUGGAGAACUCGAUAGAUUUUCGGUUCAAUAUAAUUGACUUUUACGGGGAAACUGUGUGCAAUAGUAACGUAACGGGAGUGCCGAUCGGGUCCGAAGGGGAAGCUUGUUUGCUGUUCGGCGAACGUUCGACGGUCGGUUUGGAGGAAUUCAAAUUGGCGUUCCUGGCCACACCCGGCGUUGACCCAAGGCUCGUGCCUUGCGGUUGGGUGGAAAACGCUUGGCGGUGGAUCGUUAGCAAACUGAGUGCUUUGGAGCGAAACUUUGGCGAUCGGUUUGCCGGUGUCCUCACUCCGGACAACGUCUUUCAGCAGCUGCAGUACCGAUAUCACCGCGAGAUUGACCUGUCGCAGCGUUCUUCGCUGAGGCGAAUGCUGGAGAAGGACGAUAUUGCCAUCCGAAGGAUGGUGCUGUUCGUGUCACGAGUCUUUACAUUCGUCGGAGGGGUCGGGUAUGGGCUAGAGUUGAGCGAUGGAUGGUACGCGGUGCUCACGACCAUCGAUGGUCCGCUGACUAGUGCGGUCACACGAGGGAAGAUCACAGUUGGAACGAAGCUCAUGAUCCAGGGUGCAGAAUUAACGAACCAUAGCGAAGGUUGCUCACCGUUAGAAGUACCGCCGGAAGUUCGAUUGAAGAUUCACGCAAACGCCACCCGACGGGUACGGUGGAUGGUAAAGUUGGGCUACUAUCGGCACCCCAAACCGUUCACAAUUCCGUGUAACAGUGUGCUUGAUGGUGGUGGACUCGUCUGCCGUUUCCGUGCGAUGGUCGUGCGUUUAUACCCCAUGGUGUUCGUUGAAAAGUCAACGACCGAAGGCCAACCGUCGACACUGCGUUCGGAGCGGAUGCAGCUCAGACACAGCAAACGGAAUGAGUCUGGUCAGCUGGACAUUCUGCACAAGCUGUACAAUCAGGUGCAGCAGGAGGUCGAAGCGGAACGGAUAGCUCGUUGCUCGGUUAAUAGGAACUUUCGCCUGAUGGAAGGAACGUCGUGCGAGGAACUGCAGGAGCUGUUGGAGAAUGGUCUCGAUGUUUCGUUUUUGGAUAUCGAUCUGAGCAGCUCGCAGAGAACCCUGAUCGAACGGUUCCAGCAGCAACGACAGGAAGCGUUGCAGAACGAAAUCCAGCAGCGGGUAAAGGCACAGCUCGACAAACGGCCCCCAGAUCGAUCCUCCGUUACGGGGCUGCUGAAGGUACGGCUAAUGGAUCCGGUCAAACCGGAAAAGGUGUUUUUGCUUUCGAUAUGGCGCCCUUCCGAGGAUACUCAGAAUUUGCUCCAGGAGCAAUCUGUCGUUGUGUUCGGUAACGUGACCGCCAACGGAACGAAAAACGGCGAAGUACAGCUAACAACUCACAAGAGCACUACUUACACGCGGGACCCCUCAUCCGUUCGGGUGGAAUGUUGCCCGCUUCAACCGUGGUUUCGCACGAUCACUCCGAUCGGAAGUAUCGACGGGCAAACGUUUUGCCCUCCGUUCAACGAGUUCGACACGGUCGGCAUCGUGGUCGGAAUGGUGGAGUCGAAAAAGUUUCAAUCGAUUUACCUCGCGGACACCGCUAUGGAUCUCCUGUGCGUAAACUUUUGGGACGGGCUGGCCAAGUACGCAUACGAUGAUUUUAUCGCCGAGCAGAAGGUGCUCUGCGUGGCCAACCUUCAGUGGCGCACCCUCAACCGCCUCAGCACCGUCCCGCAAUCGUUCGCCACGGAGUACACCACGUUCACGGAGAACCCACGAAGUGCCCGCUUUCGCACCGAGUGGGAUCGCUUUCAGGUGCAGCUGAACGCCAUCGAUCGGGAACACUUCUUCAAGCGGUGCUCGGAGAAGGUUCGUGAAUUGCUAGAUGCAACCAUGCCGCCCUACGGAACCACGACACCAAACAACAGCAAUGUGUCAACGCCUUACCUCCAGCGUUCGCUAAACAGGCUGGAGCAAACCUCAACUCCCGUUGGUGUGGCACUGGGUGACAAUUUAACGAAAAGAAAGCUGAAAACACUCUCCACAAUCUACGCCAGUCCGCCCAAGACGACACCGAUUAUGCUGCGCACGAAUCCGAUCCUGCGGAAGGGCUUCAAAACACCGGCACGGCUUGAGGAUCGGCUAAACGGAGCGAACCACGAGGAAGGUCGCCAGUAG